GAAAAGGAGCAGGGGGUGGUGCGACGGGCUGGCUGGCUUUCCUUCAAACCUCUUGUUACCCUGCACAAAGACAGGAAGCUGGAGCUGGUGACACGACGCAGGUGGAAGCAGUACUGGGUGACCUUGAAAGGCUGCACGUUGCUGUUCUAUGAGGACUUACAGUAAAGGCUCUCCAGAGCAGGAACUGUCGCCUCGAUACGCCCUGCUGGCCGAGGACAGCAUCGUCCAGGCCGUUCCUGAGCAUCCCAAGAAGGAGAAUGUGUUCUGCCUCAGCAACUCGUAUGGAGACGUCUACCUCUUCCAGGCCAGCAACCAGACCGACCUGGAAAACUGGGUGACAGCUAUCCACUCUGCCAGUGCCUCGCUGCUGGCCAAGCGCCAGGGGAAGGAGGAUACGGUGCGCCUGCUGCGGAGCCAGGUCCGCAGCCUGCUGCAGAAGAUCGACAUGGACGGGAAGAUGAAGAAGAUGGCUGAGCUGCAGCUGACUGUGGUCAGCGACCCCAAAAACCGCAAAGCUAUCGAAAACCAGAUCCAGCAGUGGGAGCAGAACCUGGAGAGGUUUAAUAUGGAUCUCUUCAGGAUGCGCUGCUACCUUGCAAGUCUGCAGGGUGGAGAGCUGCCCAACCCAAAGAGCCUGCUCGCCAUCGCCAGCCGCCCCAGCAAAAGCACCUUUAGGACGCCUGGGGAUUUUCUCUGUCUCCUCCUUUCAUGCGUGAUCUGUUCCAGAGACGAGGCCACAGUCAGGAGGCGCUCGGUGUCCCUGACUCACAGACAGCACAAACGAGGCCUGUUCUCCUCGCUCAAAGGCCUCGACAACCUGACGAAGAGAGGCCGGGACAAGAGGCCGUCUGUUUCACAGGUCUUUGAAAGCGAUGCUGGAGGCCAAAUGUGCGCCCUGCCUCCCAGGAGCACCGAGAGGCUGGAUAUGCUGACUAGUAUAUACUCCAUGUCGCCCCCUGAGGGCGGUGUUUGGGCCAGCAUCGGCGGUGUCACAGACGUGCUGACGUGCAUCUACAUGCCAGACGGCCUGACAGUCCAAGUUCCCAUCAGAAGAGACCAGACAGCUGCCGACCUCCUCGGUGCAGCGUGCAAGGUGAAACAGCUGGACCCGGGUGCGCACUGCCUCCGACUGCACAGGCGAGCGGGGCAGCACGUGGAGGUUCGAUACGUGGCUCCUGGAGAGCUCCUCCGUGAUGCGGUCAAUGAUCAGUUGGAGGUGGUCCCAGUUAAUGUGUUUGCACUGCACAUGAGCAGGCUGAGCGGCAGCGGAGACUUCGGUUUCGCGGUAACGGGACACACGGACAGCCAGAAGAACAGCAGGAUCUUUGUCAGUGAGGUGCUUCCUGAUGGCCCGGCCUUCAACGAAGGUCUGCGUCCGGGCGAUGAGAUCCUGGUCCUGAAUGGCCGGUGUGUGUCUGGUCUGGACCUGGCGUUGAUCCAAACACUGUUUGCUGACCAAACCCUGCACCUGAGCCUGAGGCGGGACGGCCCCCCGCUGCCGACCUCAGACCGCCCGGCCCCUCCCGCUGAACACAGCCAAGAGGUUCGAAGCAAACACCACCGAGCCAAGUCCUCCUCAGAUGUUUGCACUGCAGCUGGCGGUGGCGAGUCCCUGUACGUAGGACUGGAGGAAAGUCACUCCCACUGCGCACACAGGCCCGUUCAGCACAGCAAGAGCGUGGACACCGUGUGCACUCUCUACCAGUCCUUCCAGGAAGGAUCGGGGUCUGGCACCGGGGGUCUGAUGGAUCAAGCCGGGGAACCUUCGGUGAGGCACGGGGGGGACUUGGGGUCGGGUCCUGCGGGAGAGGCCACCCUCCUCAGACCCUGCCCUAAGCAUAUGACAGCCACAGAGAGGUUACGCAAGGUCAUCCAGGAGCUGGUGGACACGGAGAAGUCCUAUGUGAAGGACCUGAGCUGUCUGUUCGAGAUCUACCUGAAACCCCUGCAGAAUGAAACCUUCCUCACACUGGACGAGAUGGAGAGUCUGUUUGGCAGCCUGCCCGAGAUGCUGGACUUCCAGAGGGUGUUCCUGCAGACGCUGGAGGAGAGAAUCGCCUCAUCCCCUGACUUUAGCACCCUGGAGACCCCCUCACAGUUCAAGAAGCUGCUGUUUUCUCUCGGGGGUUCAUUCCUCUACUACGCGGAUCACUUCAAGCUCUACAGCGGCUUCUGCGCCAACCACAUCAAGGUCCAAAAGGUCCUAGAGAGAGCCAAAACUGAUCAGGCCUUCAAAGAAUUCCUUGAUGCCAGGAACCCCACCAAGCAGCACUCCUCCACCCUGGAGUCCUAUCUGAUUAAACCAGUGCAGAGGGUGCUCAAGUACCCCCUGCUGCUGAGGGAGCUGGUUUCCCUUACGGACGCCGACAGCGAGGAACACUACCACCUCACCGAGGCCCUGAAAGCCAUGGAGAAGGUGGCGAGCCACAUCAACGAGAUGCAGAAGAUCUACGAGGAUUACGGCUCUGUGUUUGAUCAGCUCGUUGCUGAGCAGACCGGCCACGAUAAGGAGGUCACAGAGAUUUCUAUGGGAGAGUUUCUCAUGCAUUCCUCGGUGGUCUGGCUCAACCCUCAUCCAUCGCUGGGCCGCAUGAGGAAAGACCCUGAAAUGACUGUGUUUGUGUUCAAGAAAGCAGUGAUAUUGGUCUACAGGGAAAACAACAAGCUCAAGAAAAAAAUGGCCAACCCUCGCUCGGCGCUCUCUCACGGAGAUUCGGACCCCUUCAAGUUCCGCUGGCUCGUCCCGCUCUCAGCGCUGCAGGUCAGAUUGGGAAAUGCUGCAGGAACAGGUACGCAAAGCAGCUGCAUCUGGGAGCUGAUUCACUCCAGGUCUGAAGUGGAAGGGAGACCGGAGACGGUGUUCCAGCUGUGCAGCAGUGUGCCUGAAAGCAAGGUCAGCAUCAUCAAGGUGAUCCGCUCCAUCCUCAGGGAGAACGUGAGGAGAAACAUGAAGGGUGAGGCCACAUUGGAGAGGAGCUGUAAGGAGCACCUGGCCCCUCUGCGCAGCACCCGGCCUUCCUCCGCCCGGCUAGGUUCCUCCAGGGCUUCCUGGUUGUGUAAGCAGCCCCUCGGAGAGCUCUCCACCCAGGGUGAGACUCCUAAGCUGGGGCCAGACUCAGACGAGGGGAGCCUAAGCAGUGGAACCUACAGUUUGUCUGGGGCUCCUCCAGCAUGCGUGUCCUCUGACUCUCCAAUGUUCCCAGUCCAGCAGAACUGGUCUCAGCCGCAUGGAUCCAACUCUCAGCCCCGCCCCGCCUCUGUGAAAGAGUCUGAUAUUUUAAGUGAUGAGGAUGAUGAUGGUUUCAGCGAGGGGGGGCCGAGGAGGGACAGCAGAGACAGCAGCUCCCCAACUAGUGCAAUUGAAGCGCAGUUCCUCCAGCUUAAACUGUCAGAGGACGCUGUGUCAAAAGGUGCGCCGGCCCCCUGCGUUCAGCCCGAGGGAGUCGGGGACACUCCAGAGAUCCAGCCCAAACUGGUGCGAGGCCACUUCUCUGCUGUGAAGAGGAAACCCUGCAGUUUCAAGAGGAGCCAGGGAGCCCUGCUGAGCAUGAAGGAGCAGAGCAGGUCGCUGGACAGCCAGACGGACGCGGCGCUGUCGUCGGGAGCGGUGGACCUCAACGCGUUGCUGGAGAGAGAGUUCAGCGUCCAAAGUCUGACCUCGGUAGUGAAUGAAGACUGUUUCUAUGACCCGGCUGAGAGCUGCGCCACUGACUCUGGAAAUGCCGCCUCCUCUCAGGGGUCAGCAUAGACGGAGCGCAGGUGUCCGGUGGCUGGCUCACAAGCGAGUGGUCAUCAAGGGGAGGGGGCUGCGUAAAGUCCCUGUGAUGGCUGUCGGCCUACCAAGGUGGCUGCAAAGCUGUGCAUGAACUGAAGUCAGUACAGAGUUUAAGUCUUACUCUCUCUGCAAGGUCAGAUGGUGUUGUGAUGGCAGCUCAUUGGCUGACACACCAGGUUUCUUCCCCCAGAGAGGCAAAGCGCAGGGAUUUCUGUCCCAGUCAUAAUGGCUGCAAUGAAUCUGCCAGGCGCUGAUGUGUGUCUGCAUUGUCCUCAGCUCUGUGGGCUCUGCCUCCUCCCCACAAACCAUCAGUGUGACGUGUUCCAUUCAAGUUUGCCCCGCAGCUCCUGCUGAUUGGCAGUUUUUAUUUGGUUCCUGACCUUUUCUAUGAAGAAAUGGGAAGAAUGUCCUUGCCCGUCACUCCCACACAUUAAAAUCCACAGUGCAUACACGGUGUCGCAACGGGACCCUGAGAUCAAAUGGGUUUCUCAGGCAGACGCUGGCGAUUUGGCAAAGCUUGCCAGGCAACAGGCUUUUAAAUUGAUCCUGUGAAACUUCACCGGCUCAGAUCCGAAUGCUGUACGAAUCUCAUUUUAGUAAAAAUAUGAAAGGAGGCACUGAAAAGAAAAAAAAAGGUGCUCGCAGACCCACCCAAAGAGCUGCAGCGGUCAGUCCAGACUUCCUGAAAACAGAAGCACUGGCUCAGGAAGGAGGCCCAGUCACUACGCCGCCGCCUUUGUGCUGUAUUUUGUGCACUAAUGUACACUGUUUGCCUACACAUUUGAAAUAUUUUUAUCUGUACAGGUUUUAAUGUUAUUACUGCUGUUUUUAUUUAUUAUGGGGUUUCAUCGUGUUUCCUUUAGCUGAGGAACCUUUGGGGUUACGGCGUGGACUCGUGGCUGCAGAUUUGCUCUCCUCCUGAGUUUGAGAGUUUAUCGUUUUAAUGCAGCCUUCUGGAUUUGGUUGUGUUUCACUGAAGAUUGUAAUUUCCAUUUCAUGCAUUGGGAUGUUUGAUUUAAACAGCAAUAAUGUUUUCUCGUCUGUAUGUAUCCUGUGUGUGUGUGUGUGUGUGUGUGUGUGUGUGUGUGUGUGUGUGUGUGUGUAUCUUUUCUAUCUUUGGUACAUUUAUGUAUACUUAUACAUACUUGACACUGUACAGUUAAGAAACAAAACAGGAUCUUGCAGUAAACAGUUGAUAUUUUUGUAAAGAUUGCUGUUGCAUUAAGUACAUGCAGACCACUGCUACCUGCUUCACCCUCUCAGCUGAACCUUACCAUGCCUUUAAUGCUAGCAUACCAAUGAAUGUGAAUGCUCCAUUCUGAUGGAACUGUUUUAUAAAUUAAAAAAAAGUAUAUCUGUGA